AUGGCUUUGGAGGGCAUUGUAGAGAUAGUUGAGGAAAUUCAGAAGAUAGAUAUUGAACCUCUCGGUGCCGAGGGUGAUCGCAACCAAUCUCUGGGGCUCAUGCUGCACAGAGUGCCAGAGCAUAUGCGGCGCGGGAGAAAUCACGUUUAUGAGCCACAAGUUGUUCCCCUUGGCCCAUACCACCACCGCGAGCAUCCAGAACGAGAGCUAGUGGAGCCACUCAAGAACGAGCUACGUGUUAAACUCUGUGGAGACCGAGAAAGCUCCCUUCUGAAGCAGAUCCAUGAGCGGAUAAGCGAAAUCCGCCAUUUCUAUGGCGGAGCAGAUGGCUACACCGACAAGGAGUUGGUUGAAAUGAUGCUUCGCGACGCCUGCUUCCUCAUAGGCUACGUGCAAGGAGGUGAUUUUUUCCCCCUAGUUAGCCGACGCCUGGGAAUGUUCAGGAAUUUGUUGAUGUAUGGAGAUAUGAGGAUGCUGGAGAAUCAGAUUCCAUUUUGGCUCAUCUCCUUAAUACACCCUCAUCCCCAUUCAUUGCUGUGCAACUACAUGAACCUCAUUGCUUUUGGGGAUAACAGGAGGCCGACACAAGCAAACGGAAGAGAAGAGGGUUAUACAAAAGGAUCACACAACUUCCAUGGGAAAACGGAAGGGGAGAAGAGCCUCUUCAUCUACUCGAAGCUUCACGCCAAACCCUCCUCAGCCUCGCUGGCAACCAAGAAAAUUGGGUAG